AUGGCACAUCAAUCGCAGCAAUGCUCAUUUUUAUCCGUCUCUUGCAGCAAUUUGGAUUCCUCUGAAAAUCAAUUGGCAACAAUGUGGGGCGCUUUUGCAAAGUGCAAGCCAUUUAUUGAAAAUGGCACAAGACUAGAAAACAUGUCCUGGAGACUAUGGCAAUAUCAAAGACAACCCACCAAUUAUAUUGACAACACGACUAUCAAACGAUUCAUUACAUCUGUUCUAUUGUCACCUGUUAGUGUUCAUGACGCAUAUUCACACGAGGUUGCACAACAUACUCAAAAAUGCUACACACCCACGACAACGACCACUAUGGCGCCUGCUGAACUUGAGUCAGCUACUUCCUCUUUUAUCGUGGUGGAUGACAAGGCCAAGGCUGAUGACAUGCCAGCAAAAGAGCAGCAAGAUGAACAGCACGGCGACGACGACGACGACGACAACGACGACACAUAUGAAGACGAUGAAUACGAAGACGAUGAAGACUACUAUCUUAGCGACGAUUUAUAUGACGAUGAGGAUGACGAUCUCUAUGAGGAUGACCAUGUCGAUAAUGUAAAAGCAAACCCAUCUCAAAUCAAAGAAGAAAGCCAAUUCAAUCAUGACUUUAAAAAGAUGCAGCCAAGACCCACUACACCACGUAGGUCGCUCUUAUCUGAUCUACUGGGCAGAGUCUCCUCUCCACCCUCGCUGCUGUCCAAUUCAACAUGCUCAUUCACAACAAACAAUUCAUUGACUGAAGAUGAAUCAUCGUCAGCAUCCUCAUCUUCAUCAGCAUCUACAUCAUCAUCUACCACCACCAACAACACUACAACUAAAUAUACUACUAACCAUCCAUCCAAAAUUGCAUUAAAUACACAACAUCAUCCAUUUACAAAUAAUACAACAAAUGACCUAUCUGAAAUAAGAUGGCGGGAGUCAUUUCAUGGUUGGUGA